AUGAGAAGCAACCGCUUCCAGAAUCAUCGAAACAUGGAUCCCUAUUAUCAUGAAGAGCGCAGCGGCUUACAGAGUCAGCAGGAAAAAGCUCGUAAAGAGAAGGAGCUUGCUAAGAAGCAUUUCAAGCCCAGGAUGAUAGUUCAUCCACGUUUUCAGAAUAUUACUGCCGAUGAAGCAAUGAAGUUACUGUCUGACAAGGAGCCUGGUGAAAGUGUUAUCCGUCCAAGUUCUCGGGGACCUUCAUUUUUGACUUUAACUCUUAAAGUUUAUGAUGAUGUUUUUGCUCACAAGGACAUUGUUGAAGGUGGAAAGGAACACAAGGAUAUCACAAGCUUGCUUCGAAUAGGGAAGACACUAAAAAUCGGAGAAGAUACAUUUGAAGAUUUAGAUGAGGUAAUGGAUCGUUACGUGGAUCCGUUGGUAUCCCAUUUGAAGGCAAUGCUAAACUACCGCAAGUUCAAGAGGGGCAAUAAAGCAGAAGUUGAUGAGUUCCUGAGGAUCGAGAAAUCGGAGUACCCAAUGAGGAUUGUGUAUUGCUUUGGGAUAUCCCAUGAACAUCCUGGCACAUUCAUACUGACUUAUAUACGGAGUUCAAAUCCACAUCAUGAGUACAUAGGUCUUUAUCCAAAGGGAUUUAAGUUCCGAAAAAGAAUGUUUGAGGACAUUGAUCGCCUUGUAGCAUAUUUUCAGAAACACAUUGAUGAUCCGCAUGAUUCGCCAUCAAUUCGAUCAGUUGCUGCUAUGGUGCCAAUUAGAAGUCCUGCAACUGGGGGCUCAUCAGGCGGUGGAUGGGGUGGUUCAGGGAAUGAUGGUGGAUGGAGAGGAGGCCAGUCUUCAGACAGAGAUAGAACUCCGGGUUCUAGAACAGGUAGAGGUGACUACAGAAAUGGUGGCAAUCAGGACGGGCAUCCAAGUGGAGCACCUAGACCAUAUGGUGAGCGUGAUGGUGGCCGCGGCCGUGGCCGCAGCCGUGGGCGUGGCCGAGGUGGCAGAGGCAAUGACAGGCAGGAUUCGGACCAUGGAUCGCAAAGGUGGGGUUCUAAGGAUGGUGAUGAUGGUGGUGGUUGGAGUAGUUUUCCUGGAGCAAAAGUUCAGAAUUCACCAGGCCGGGAAGCUUUCCCUGGUAGCUGGGGUGGCGGAAGUGGCGGUGGAAGCGGGGGCAGUGAUUGGGGCAACUCUGGUGGUGGCUGGGGGCAGGGAAGUGGUGGCGGUGGUUCAGAUGAUGCUGAUGCAGAAGGUGGUAAAUCUGGAUGGGGUGGCAGCAAAAAGAGUUCCGGGCAAUCACAAUCUGGUAAUGAUGGAUGGGCCGGUGGCAGCGGCUGGUGA